AUGUGGCUGAGGUCGACGCUGUCGGCCUUGUGGCUGGCCACGUUUGCUUGGGGGGCCGUUUCCACGGAUGAGGAUGGUACCGUCAGGAGCAUAGGACUGAGGACACAUACACUCGUCCAGCCUUACCUCGACUCGGACAUGCAAAGCCGGUGGUAUGAUUUUGGCGGCGACACGAUUAUCCGCACAGAUCAAUACAUACGGUUAACGUCAGACCGCCCGUCACAGACUGGACACCUGUGGUCAAGGGUUCCUCUCACCGCCACAAACUGGGAGAUUGAGGUGGAAUUCAAGAUCCAUGGCAAGAACCAGCUAUACGGUGACGGCUUCGCCAUGUGGAUCACCAAGGACCGCACAAAGACAGGGCCUGUGUUUGGCAGUGCUGACAACUUUGAGGGCCUGGGUGUUUUCUUCGACACGUAUAAGAACCACCGCCCGGGUGUUGUCUUUCCAUUUGUCAUGGCCAUGGUCGGUGAUGGCAAGUCAUCAUACGACAAGGACACGGAUGGCAAGAGCACCGAGUUUGCGGCCUGCUCCGCAAGGGGCAUCCGCCAUGCGACGGUGCCUACCAAGUUCCGCCUGACCUACUUCCAGGACAAGUAUCUGAAACUGGAGCUGCAGUAUAAGUCUGAGGGCGAGUGGACUCUUUGCUUUGAGACGAACGAGCCUCCCGCGAUCCCCCAGGUGGCCUACCUUGGCUUCAGCGCUGAGACAGGCGAGCUGAGCGACAACCACGACAUCAUCUCAGUCAACGCGAAGAACUUGUAUACUUCGCAGCCUAGCACACAGGCGGCCACCCCUGGAAGCGGGAGGGGCAAGAAGGCUCAGACCAAGAGUCAGAGCCAGGACAAAGCAAAGAGUGGUGGCAGCUGGACCUGGUUCUUUACGAAGAUUAUCCUCUUCUUCAUGGUUAUCGGUGGUGGUUAUGUUGGAUACACUGCAUGGAGAACCAGCAAGAGGCAUCACCGAUAUUAG